GACACAUAACCUAAAAAAAAUGAAAAAACGCGUUUGACAUUAAUAUAACCUAAAAAAGUUUUAAAAUAUGGGUAGAAAAAUACCAGGAAGAAAGCACCACGGUGUAAGAGACCCAGAAAAGCAGCAACAACAAAGAAACGAGCUUCUUAAAAACAAAAUAAAUGCACCCCCAACGAACUCGGAGGAUCAACAAAUCCCAAAAAGUUUAUCUCGAAUAAUUGCCUUAAAAGAUAAAGUAAAAAGUGGUACAAUUAGUUUAAAGCGAAUUCGGAAACGAAGUAAAGGUUUAAAACCAAUAACGAGUCAUCCACACGGUGUGAAGCCUCCGAGAGAAGGUGAAAAACCAGAACCUGUUUUUCAACAGGAUAAGAAUGAAAGUGAUGAAAGAUUUAUGCACCGUGUAAAUCGCGUUUGUCACAAUAUCAUUUUGGAGUCGAAAUUUGAGGAUAAAUAUGGGGUUGACAUAAAACGAAACACCUUAACCGGGGAAGUUGAAGUUGUUAAGCGAAAAAAAGAUGAAAUUGAGGAGUAUCAUAAAAAAGUUAAAAAAGAAACGAAUAAUAAUAAUAAAGGGAAGAAAAAAAAGAAAAAAAAUGAUAUUAUUAAAUUAAGUAAAUCGCAAAAACGUGCGGUUAAGAUUAAAGCUAAAAAAGAAAAGAAAGAAAAUAUUAAUUAUGAUGAGUUUAAAAGUUUUGAGGAUAAGGUGAAGUUUGGGGAGGUUGUGCAUGGUCCUCCUAGUUUGGUUUUACCAAGGAAAGGAGGGAAUACUGAAGAAACACACCGACCUGGAAUGAAGAAUUUAUUACUUAAAGAAAAUUUAAAAUUAAGUGUGGAUCGGAAAGGUAAACGUAAAGAUCUCCCCACCGCAACGAGAAGGCAAUUAGAUUUACAACAAAAAGAGGUUAUUGAAGCUUAUAAAUUGUUAAAAUCGAAAAGGCGUGUCAAAUAAAACGAUUAAGUAUGA